GUGAUGUGAUUGUGACAAAAAGUAAAUUUGGUGAUUUGAAAAAUCAAAUUUUAAAACUGAAGUAGAAAAAUAAGAUGCUCUGCCCUGAAAUUUGGGAUUUUCCAUCGCCGAAAGUGGUUUGCUCAAAUAAAAAAUGUUUAACGCUCAAUUCUGUGUCGAAAAUUGUAGAACUAAACAAUUUUUAUAGAAAUGUGAUCAUAACCUGUCCAGAUGAGUUGCACACGCCGCGGUUCAUCGAAGACAGUUUGUUAGAUGAUAGCGAUUACUAUGAAGUUGCGAAUUGUCCUUUAACAGAGUUCAUAGAUCCCGUUUUCAUACAAAAAUUUAUCAAAACUGGUAAGCUGUAUUGUCUGACAGCCAAUACUAACUGUAUGAUACAAAACUGUGCGGCUCUGACCCCAGACGGGAUUCUAACGCUACAUAUUCUAGAAAGCACAUAUCAAACGUUAGGUAUUGAAGGUACCAAACGCCCUCACAAGUUUUAUCAAAUCGAAAUCCCACUAAAAGAUUUGAAAAACAUAAGCAGAGUUAAAACAGCAUUAGAAAAGUUAAAGUUGUUUGAUUUUAAUAUAUCUUGGGUACCAGAGAUAGAAAAUGUGUGCCCGUCAUCAAUAGCUAAAUACUUUUGCAACAAAAACUAUAAAGUAUCCAGUCACAGCAUGUCCAUAGAAAGAGUAGCCCCAGUUAUAAAAGAAGUUCCUACAAUACACAAUUCAGAUAUUGAUGAAGUAGUAGAAUGGAUUGGCAUGUUGGCACAUGAUGCCAACUUGACACCAACUGAGAGCUAUGUCAGUACUUAUGCAGAGCCUGAAUGUAGCACACCUAUUAAAACAUCAAGAAUAUCCAUUAUCAUCGUCAAAGGUUUCUUAACACCAAAUAUUUUAAUAAAUACAAGUAAACUAUUAGAAGAUUAUGUAAAAUCUAGAGAUUUUAAACAUUAUUGGGCAUGUCUAAGUGUACAGAGCAUAGAAGAAAGUCUAUGGCAAUGGAACACCAGUAGUCCUAGGAUAUUUCAGUCUCAGAAUGCAUCAUGUAACAUUUUCUUCACCCAGGAAAGUCACUCUGUGUACACAGUGGGACAGUUAAAAUAUACAUAGAUAGAAUAA